AUCUUACCCAGACACACAAUUGUAACCUAGACGGCUAGACGUGUGUAUACUAUAUAUACACUAUACAUACAUGUUUUGCACUCCUCUCUAAUCUUCGUCUCUUCCAAAACUAAAACCCUGAAAAACUUACUGCUUGAGGGGCUGUAUAAACCCUAAAACCCCAGCUUGGUCUCAUCGCAUACCUCUCAUUACCGACUUCUUCGCCGCCUCAGGGGGUUUAUGUAUGUGAGAUGGCCAUGCCAACUGAUAGUAUUGAGUCACGAAGCACUGAUGAACAGCCUAACAAGCGUAAGAGAAAGAGGUCUAUAGUAUGGCAAUACUUCUCGAUUGAAAAAAGUGGUACUGACUGUACACGGGCGUACUGCAACUCCUGCAAAAAGUCAUUUGCUUACAUUAGCGGCGCAAAGCUAGCAGGAACUAGUCAUCUAAAAAGACACAUUAAAAUGGGUGUCUGCUCGGUUGACCGUCGCAAUAAUGAGGAAAUAAGUCAAUUAAUUCCAUAUACACCCAUAAAGACUGAUAGCACUGCAGUUGAUACUAUACCUCCUAGAAGACGCUACAGAGGUAACCCAAGGCCAUCAUCUAUUCCCUUUAAGCAGGAGACUUCCAACCAUUCAAUUGCCAAAAUGAUCAUAAUGCAUGAUUAUCCACUUAAUAUCUUAGAAGAUCAUGGUUUUGUUGACUUAGUGAGGUUUCUUCAUCCCCAGGUUCAUCUAGAUAUCAAUAGUGUCCAAGAGGAAUGUGUCAACAUUUACCUUAGGGAGAAGCAGGAUGUUAUAGAUAAGCUUAGUGGAAUUUUGGGACAUGUUAAUCUUGCACUGGAUCUGUGGGAAUCAGAUCAAGGCCUCUGCUACUUACUUUUAACAGGCUAUUUUGUCGACAACACUUGGAAACUGCAAAAGCGUAUACUUAAUGUAGUUAUGCUACCAUUCUCUGACACAGAAGCUGCCUUCAGUCGUGCUGUUGUUGAUUGCUUAGCUUCCUGGGGACUGGAACACAAGAUUUUUACUCUUACUCUUGGUGCUUCCUUUGCGAAUGAAGCUGUACAAAGAGAUCUCAGAAGUCUGCUCUCAGUUAUGAAUCCACAAGUUCUCAAUGGUCAAUUAAUACUUGGGAACUGUUAUGCCCGUAUGUUGAGCUGUCUUGCAGAUGAUGCUUUAAGCUCACUGAGAUCUCUUGUUAAGAAAGUUCGUGAUGGUGUAAAAUAUGUAAAAACGUGUAGAGGCAGUGAAGAGGAAUUCAUUAAACUUAAGCAAAGGCUUCAAAACCCUAGCUCAAAGAGCCUAGCACUUGAUGAUCAAACAAAGUGGAAUACUACUUACCACAUGCUAGUGGCUGCCUUUGAACUCCGAGAAGUAUUUUCUUGUAUGGAUACUUCUGAUCCAAAUUAUAAAGAAACUCUAUCAAGAGAAGAGUGGAGACAGGUGGAAAUUCUUUGUGUUCACUUGAAGCUUUUCUUUGAUGCAGCUAACAUUUUAUUAGCUCCAACACACCCAACCACCAAUAUAUUUUUUGAUGAGGUUUCAAGCAUUCAGCUUAAGCUGGCACAAGCAGCCAUGAGCGAGGAUACUUUCACCAGAAAUUUGACUAAACCUUUGUGGGAAAAGUUCAAUGAAUAUUGGAAUGGUUGCAGCUUAAUUUUCGCGGUUGCUGUGGUUAUGGAUCCAAGAUUCAAGAUGAAACUUGUGGAGUUCAGCUUCUCUAGGAUCUAUGGUGAGGAUUCUGGGACCUGGAUCAAGGUGGUUGAUGACGGUGUUCAUGAACUUUUUGUUGAAUAUAUUGUGUUAUCACUGCCUCCACCAACUUUUGUUGUAGAAGACAAUGAAGGUGUAAAAUUGGAGAUGAGUCCAGAAGAUGAGGUUUCUGUUAGCGAUGAUAUUUCAAAUUUUGAUGUCUACAUAUCUGAUGAGAUAGCAGGAACCCAACAUAUGAAAUCAGAGUUAGACCAGUAUCUCGAAGAACCUCUUUUGCCUCGAACACAAGAGUUUGAUGUUCUGAGCUGGUGGAAACUAAACGCACAAAACUACCCAACUCUCUCUAGAAUGGCAUCCGAUAUAUUGUGCACCCCAGUUUCAACAGUUGCUCCAGAUUCUGUGUUUGAUACCGUGACUAAAAAAAUGGACAACUAUCGAUGCUCGCUAAACCCUUCUACUGUCGAAGCACUCAUUUGUGCCAAGGAUUGGCUUCAGUAUGGAUCCUCAUCAUUUUAAGACCAUUCUUUUAAAAUGUAAUUUUAGCUUCACCAUUCUAGUUAAACUUAUUUAUGUGAAUUUCAAAAUCAUUCUUUAUACAGAGGCCGGCCUAAUGGCUCAGUUUUGUUCUU